GUUGAUCUGCCAUGGCAACAGAACCUUCAGAGUUCCCCUCCUCCUAUUGUAGAACUUUCAGAAUUUCAUUAUAUUCUGUUUUGAGGUCUGGUGCAGCAGUUGACCGGGCCAAUAUGUUAUCCCACAAUUCCUUACAAACAUUGUACACUAUUUUUCUCUUCCUCUCCUUGUACCCAAAGCUUGGGCCAUGGAUGUCCACAAACACUCUAAACCAUAAAGACCUCUCAACUCAAAUACCAUUAUCAAUGGCUAAUACAGAGACCAUUAUCAAUGGCUAAUACAGAGAAAUUAAAAGACCAUAGAACAAGAUGAAUGAAGUAGCAAGAUGAGAAAGAAACCGGAUCUUGCCAAAUAUUCAAUCUAACCUUCUGAACUCCAAGGAUUCACUAAAUGACUAUCAAAUGAGUAUGACUGCUCCACAAAAAAUCUCUAACACCAAAACUUGUCAGCUGGUCCACAUCAUUGUUGGCUUAUAUUGAGGGAAAGAGAAGAGAGAGGCCGUGAGGGAAAGAGGACAGAGGUUGCGAGGGAGAGAGAGAGAGAGAGGAGAGAUGCGGUAAGGGAGAGAGGCGAGGGUCUAGUAAGAAUCACCACUAUUUGAGGCAGGGUCUAGUGAGAAUCACCUCUAUUUGAGGUAGGGUCCAAUAAGAUCACCGCUAUUUGAGGUGCAUACAAAUAAAAGAGAAAAAAUUACGCAUUCUGUUUCUAGUUUGGUCAAAUGGAUACAAAUGAUGUUCCUAAUGCCUCAUUGCAGCUGCUUCAUCAAGUCGAAAAGAGGAUAGUUCGUGUUUUAGAGCUUGCUGGUGGAGUAAUGGAGGAAUUGGCAAAUGGAACAGGUCCCAGAAUGGAAGUUCUUAAUAAUUAUUGCCCGGAGUUCAUGCAAUCCAUUAAGGAGAUUCAGAUGAUGUUGUGGCAGGAAAUUAAAAGUGCAUGUGAUUAUCGGCCAUUCGAGAAAUGUGAUUACAAUUCCAGAAUUUCUAAUGAGAUGUGUUGCAAGAAGCUCGGCAUGAUUAUAGGACGGCUGGAUGGCAUGAAACAGACCAUAGAGGAGUACAACAAGGCAAAUUGAUUUUCGAUUGUGUCAUAUCUUCUUCUUCUCCUUGCUUCUUUAUAUGUGAAUGAUAGAUCAUUACAGAGGAAUGAUAUGCCAAUCAAAAUGAUCCCCACGACAUGCAUGUUAUUUCAGUCAUGGUUAGUGGCAAUGUAUAUUUAUCUAGUGCAUAUGAUAAUGCAUACAGAUUGUUUUUCCGACAAAGAAUCGAGAAACAAAAAUCUUCGAAUGCCUCGGAGGCUGAGGUUCUUUUCUUCUUCUAGUUUUCCAUUAUAGGAGGUUGGUUGUGACUAUUGGUGGCAUAAAUUGUAUUUUGUUGUGUCCUGAAGUACAUGGAUGUCAUUAAGAGACAACGAGUGUUUUGACUGCUUUUAUGAUUUUAUGGCAUGACUUGACUUUUGUUACACA